ACCUCAAUCACAUCAGCAGCAAAUGAUUACAAUACCAAAGGCGACGUGAAUGAACGCUUCCUAAUGGCCGCAAUAGAAAUGUGUUUUGAGGGGGCAGUUGGAUUAGCAUGGCUAUCCACUGUGAAUGUCCAGCUCGGAAAGGCGUUCAGGUAACAGGAAAAGUCGCCAAGGACAACGAGGCUAGCGCGAGCCGGGGAGACAGCAAAAGGGAAGCAAACCCAAUAUAUGGGAUAUCUAUGGGACAGGAAUUGCCUUUCCGGGUAUUUACGUAUCAAGCAUCACGCGCGCGAAAUAGCCUUGCAAUGCAUUGCACAAUCCCCACCUGUCUUGCUGCAUUAUGACCCGUAAUGUUCAGCCAUAUGCUUCUCCCCGCCAGGAGUCUAUCUUCGACACUCCUGAUGACGUUUGGAUGAGGGAACAACCAGUGGAGGACAGUUGAGAGCUAAUACUGGUUGUGGGUAGUGGUG